AAUUCGAGCUUUAAAAAUGGAAGCAGGACAAGCAGCAACGAAAUCAAAAGCUCACUACGAUUACAUUAUCGUAAACGAUGUACCAACUAAACUUUUGACGAUAGGGAAAACGAGUAUAAGCACUACGAGCCAAGAGCCUUUGUUCAUCUUUUUUCCAGGAAACCCAGGAAUCAUAGAGUACUACGAAGAAUUCCUGCAGGAGAUAUAUGACAACUUUGAAGGCAAGCUCCAUGUUUGCGGACUCGCUCACGCUGGGCACGAUGUUUUGCCAAGAAAUCUUCGUGCCCCUCCUCCAAAUGAGAACUGGCAUCUCUAUGGACUUCAAGGCCAGGUGGCACACAAGGUAGACUUUGUCAAAACGCACAUUUCAAAUGUUCGUCCUGUGUUCUUGGCUGGGCACUCUAUCGGAGCUUACAUGGUCCUGCAGACGCUCAAGCAAAGGAAAGAACUCAAUGUCAAGCGUUCAUUUCUCCUGUUCCCGGUAUUUGAACGACUGGCCCAAACUCCCAACGCAAAAGCGCUUGUGCUUAGUAGUCUCCUGCUCAAGCUUGCCACAUGGUUGUUGGUCGCCUUACUUUUCGUCCUGCCGGAGUUUGUCAAAGAUGCUUUGAUUGAGUGGCACUUCAAGGACAUCCAGCCGUCCAUGCGCAGUCGUAUAAAGAAGGCAACACUGACACUCUUCACGCCGGCUGUUUUCAAGCUCAUGAUUAACAUGGCAGAGGACGAAUUAGACCAGGUGAAACAGAGGGACGAAGGCACCAUCAGAGACAACCUGAAGCGACUCACCUUUUAUUACGGAAGCGAGGACAAGUGGUGCCCGAUAGAGUACUUCUGGGACAUGAAACAGGCUUUCCCCGACGCCGAUUUGAACUUGUGUGAGCACAAUCUCAAACACGCGUUUACGCUUCACAGUACGUGCGAGAUGUCUGCCUUUGUCUCGGGCAGAGUCAAAGACAGCCUGCCGUGAGCAAUUCUAGUCCCCUUCUUUGCGCGGGCAUUGUUUUACUCGAGACGGGCAGUGUUCACGACGCUUUCAUGAGCGGAUCGUUGCCGUUUACCACAAGGUUAAGAUUUUUAGAUUUCACCAACUCUGCUAGUUCGGGUGAGAGAUUGAUUUUAUGUACGUGUUUUUUAUACACUCGUUUACGCUGCAAAUAAAUUUAUUUUUGUUAAAAUUUCU